AUGUCAUUUCCACCAUCACCCUUUGCAAGAAGAACCCAACAAUUCAUCACCCACAACAACACCACCGUUGAAGAAAAUAAUUUCCAAUCCAACGAUCUACUCUACGUCACCAAUAGCAAUCAUGCCAACAUUAAAUUGACAGGCGCUCGAUGCAUGAAAAUUAUUCUUGAUGGAAACAAUCAUUCCACACUCACUUUUAAUGUCAAUUCCAUCACAACAGGAUUCGUGGAAGUCAUGAAAUGUGAUAGUACAAAAAUUAUUAUCGGACCAAAUUGUGUUCACAAAAUUAAUACAUUACAAUUAGAUGCGUUGAAUAAUUGUGAAAUUAUUUUUAAUCUUGCUGAUGAAAAUUCGUCAAAUAUUGAAUACAUGACAAAUUUCUGCUCGGAAUUGUCAAUCAUUUCAAAUAUAGAAUGUAAGAAUAUCAAGAUGAUCAUUCAAACAGAAUCUGGAACUGUGUUAUUUGAUUCAUUGAUGAUUUUCGAAACUGUGGAAGAACACAUUUUGCAAAAUAACAGAAGCUCCAUUCAAUUCAAAUCCAAAUUCAGUCCAUCCACAGCUGUGGAUCAAACAAUUUCAAUGGAAACUGAAAUUGUCAUUCGAGAAGGCCUUAAUGGAUAUGUCUCAACCAAAAGGAGAAACAAGCAAAAGACAAGAUUCAACAAGAAUUCGAUGAAAAGAUGGACAAGUUCUUCAAAACGAAUGGACUUUAAAAGUAAAACAAAUAAUCAUUGA